AUGGCAGAUGUCCACGAGUCAAUGAAACGCCUUAGCUUCUUGAUCGGUCGGUGGCACGGCACUGGCUUGGGUCUCCUACCGCAUGGGCCCUCCUUCAAGUACGAGGAAGAUCUAGUCAUUGAAAAUAUCGGACAGCCCAACUUUGCCUAUUCUGCUACUUCAUUAAUUGAUGGAGUCACUCGUCACAGAGAAUCCGGCUUUGUAAAGUGCCAUGAAGGCAGUCAAGUUCUCUUCUGCUUGGCUGAUAAUCUUGGUACAUGCUCAAUACUGCUGGGAACAAUGGAGACCGAAUCCAAAAGCACGAAAAUCUUCCUCACUUCGGAUAGCAUUACUCGGUCCCCUUUCAACAGGGAGCCCCGUGUUGUGGAGGUUGUGCGUGACUACAAGUACGAUGGGGAGAAGCUACAUUUGGUUGUCCGCUUGUCAACCACGAGGAAUUCUGAGUUGAGUGAUCACUUGCAAAUCACUUAUGAACGCAAAUUGAAUUAG